AGAGUGGAAGAAAAAAAAGGGGGAUCAGUCAUCGAGCCAGCCAAAGGAGAGAAGUGGGCGACACUAAGAGACAGAGGCUGGAGCCAGAGGAGAGAACCAAACAGCCAGUCGGAGAGAAAGGGAACGGGAGCUGUGGGACGGUAGGUGAAAAUGGCUCAACGUCUGCGUUUGUACUUUGGCUCAGGCCGUAGUAACACAGCCCCGGAGAUACUGGAAGGAGACUCUGAGGAGCAUCAGGGAGCCAAUGAUGUGGUCACCGCGUUUCGCAUGCAGCCGCCUCCAGUGUCGAUGCCUUCUCAGGAGCUAGCUGCGCAGCGUGCCCCACCAAGAGCUUUGCGGCCGGAGCCUUCGCUUAAACGCAGCUCCUCGAUGUUCAUACCCCAGCUUGCUGCCUACGCUGAGCCUCGGCCCACCAAGAGCUCCUCCGUGCACAUCUCCCUCCAGCGUUCCAAUGGAUCAAGUAAUGGAGAUUCCCGUGGUUAUGCUGAUGAUGUCCCGCCACCCUGUUAUACUCCUCCAGGACCCGCUCCUGCCUAUACAGAACAACAGGACCAAACAGAUUAUCCACGACACCCGCCUCCUCCGUACAGUUUAGAUACUUUAAACUCCCAAACUUUUCUGACGGAGCCAAACCUGCCUAAACGGAGGGUCUUUAGUAUUGGCUCCAAUGGUCAUACCCUGUAUAGCAGAAGCCAACCUGGUAUCAAUGUUGGUGGUAUUAGUAUCCAGAGGAACUCUCCUGACGGUUGUGAUAUUCAGCAUUUCAGAAUCCACCCUUAUAAUGGUACUGGCUGGUCCGUCCAGCAACAGAGCUUGGACCACUGCUCUGUUGUAAAUGGUGGAACACAGAGACUAGUGUUUCAGCUCCAGCAAAACCAGAACCAGGAUCAGAGCCAGGGCAGGCAACAGGCUGCUGCAUCCCAGGAAGAAUGCACAGAUGUUGCCUUUGCCAGCGCCAGAGGUAGCCAUGUAGUGCGUUACCCCAAAAUUCAUCUGGAGAGAAGCUCGUCUCGUCAAAGGCUGUUGCUGGAAAAUCAACACCAGGAAACUGGGGCAGAAAGCCAAGCUGUAGAAGUGAACCAAACAGAUAUGGAGAGAACAGAAGCAAGAAACCAAUCAAAUGGCUGCACUUUCAAAAUCAGUAGGGAUUCUUCCAGGAGGCAGCCUCAUUUCAAGAUAUAUUUUACCCCAGGCGGAGGUGGAGAUCAGGAUGUGUGCCAUGGCAAUGAUUCAACAAGGAAUAAUCCCAAGACCAGAGAUGAUUUCCUGGGACAGGUGGAUGUUCCUCUUAGUCAUUUGGCGACAGAGGACCCUGCUAUGGAGCGGCCAUACACAUUUAAAGACUUCUUGUUACGGCCCAGAAGGUCAGUUUCUGCAGGACGUGACAAACAGGAUGUGACUAGUAAACAUCACAAGUCCAGGGUGAAGGGAUACCUGCGUCUGAAGAUGGCCUAUCUGCCCAAACAAGGAGGACCCGAAGAAGAAGCUGGAGAGAUGAGGGAAGAAGCUGAGGGAUGGGAAGAAUCUGCAGACUCAGGCUCCCAGCGACCCCAGCAGUUGCUUCCUCCAUUGCCUCCAGGCUGGGAGGAGAAGGUGGACAACCUGGGACGCACCUACUAUGUCAACCACAACAAACGCAACACACAGUGGAAGCGGCCCUCCAACAUGGAUGUGAUUUCAGAGACUGAGAGUGACAAUCAACAGCGGCAGAUCAAUCAGGAAGCCCACCGUGUUUUCCGUUCGAGACGGCACAUCAGUGAAGACCUAGAGAACGAGCAACAGGAGCCCAGGGACAUGGACAAUUCCUGGGAUCUCAUCAGAGAAGAGGAUCUUAGCGAAAGCCUGGCUCAGUCUCUGCCUGGCCCCUCUUCAGUCUUGACACCACAAGCACAGACACCCGUCACCCAGGAUUUCUCUGAAGAUCUAAAUCUGAGGUUGUCACUUACUCCGGAUACCAACGGCGAAGUGCCAGGGCCCAGCUCUGCUCUGAGCCAGCUGUCAAACAGACUCCGAUCCUCAAGUAUGACGGAUGGUGUCAGUGAUCAGGCCCAGGCUCCUCCUCUCAUGCAGGAUUCCCAGACCAGAAGAACAAGAGCUCAAACUGUCUCAGGUGGUGAGGAGUCCAUGUCUCCCUCGGCGACUGCUUACGCAUUGACCACCCCUGGCCUGCCCCCUGGAUGGGAGGAGAGAAAGGACGGCAAGGGAAGAACUUAUUACGUCAACCAUAACAGCCGCACCACUACCUGGACUAGGCCAAUUGUGCAGCUGACUGAAGACGGAGCCAGUACCUCAGCAGCAGCAGCAGCAGCAGAAGCAUCAGGAGGAGCCUCUGCCCCAGCACCCCCAUCCACCCCUUCCUCCUCUUCCAAUGCCUCCAACAACCACCUCCAUGAGCCCCAAGUCCGACGACCUCGUAGUCUCAGCUCCCCUACUGUCACCCUUUCCACCCCCUUGGAGGGAGCCAACAACAUCCAGGCGCGGAGGGCUGUAAAGGACACGUUGUCCAACCCACAGUCUCCCCAGCCGUCUCCCUACAGCUCCCCCAAGUCCCAGCCCAAGACACAGCAGAGCUUCCUGCCUCCAGGCUGGGAGAUGAGGAUAGCCCCCAAUGGACGGCCUUUCUUCAUCGACCACAACAGCAGAGUCACCACCUGGGAGGAUCCCAGGUUGAAAUAUCCAGUCUAUAUGAGGAAUAAGAACUCAAUGGAGCCUGGUGAACUUGGUCCUCUUCCUAACCUACCAGAGGAGCCUGGAUGGGAAGAAAGAAUUCAUUCAGAUGGACGCACCUUCUACAUUGACCACAAUACAAAGAACACACAGUGGGAGGACCCUCGUUUGCAGAGUCCGGCUAUCACAGGACCUGUUGUUCCCUACUCCAGAGAGUUCAAGCAGAAGUACGACUACUUCAGGAAGAAGUUGAAGAAACCGGCUGACAUCCCCAACCGAUUCGAGAUGAAGUUACACAGGAACAACAUCUUUGAAGAAUCGUACCGUCGAAUCAUGUCCCUGAAGAGGCCUGAUGUUCUGAAGUCACGGCUGUGGAUCGAGUUUGAGUUAGAGAAAGGAUUGGACUACGGCGGUGUGGCCAGAGAGUGGUUCUUCCUCUUGUCAAAGGAGAUGUUCAAUCCUUACUACGGCCUGUUUGAAUACUCUGCUACAGACAACUACACACUCCAAAUCAAUCCCAACUCUGGCCUGUGCAACGAGGAUCACCUCUCCUAUUUUAAGUUCAUCGGACGUGUGGCAGGAAUGGCUGUGUUUCAUGGAAAACUACUGGAUGGUUUUUUCAUCCGACCCUUCUACAAGAUGAUGCUGGGAAAACAGAUCUCCCUUAAAGACAUGGAGUCUGUGGACAGUGAAUACUACAACUCUCUGAAGUGGAUCCUGGAGAACGAUCCCACUGAGCUGGACCUGAGGUUUUGUAUUGACGAGGACAACUUUGGACAGACGUACCAGGUCGACCUGAAGCCCAGCGGCUCAGACAUGGUGGUCACCAACGAGAACAAAAAAGAAUACAUUGACCUGGUCAUCCAGUGGAGGUUUGUCAACCGGGUCCAGAAGCAGAUGAACGCAUUCCUGGAGGGCUUCACUGAGCUCAUUAUCAUAGAUCUGAUCAAGAUCUUUGAUGAAAAUGAACUGGAGCUGCUCAUGUGUGGUCUAGGUGACGUGGACGUCAAUGACUGGAGGCAACACACUGUUUACAAGAACGGCUACUGUCCAAACCAUCCUGUCAUCCAGUGGUUCUGGAAGGUUGUCCUGUUGAUGGAUGCUGAAAAAAGGAUCAGACUCCUCCAGUUUGUUACGGGGACGUCACGAGUGCCCAUGAAUGGCUUUGCCGAGCUUUAUGGUUCUAAUGGACCUCAGCUGUUCACAAUUGAGCAGUGGGGAACACCAGAUAAGUUGCCAAGAGCUCACACAUGUUUCAACCGCUUGGAUCUGCCCACUUACGACUCAUUUGAGGACCUGAGAGAGAAACUGCUCAUGGCUGUGGAGAACGCGCAGGGCUUCGAGGGGGUUGACUAACGACAGCAGCCUGCGACUGCAUCCAACCAACCAACUAUAAAAAAUAAACAAAACAAAAAGCCACAGGGAUAUUAAACCAGCUGCUGUAGCAGUUCUGUGCGAGCAUGUUGUACUGUAAUGCCUGACUGUGAGCCACUUUCUCAGCAAGGUGGCUUGAGACCGUACAGCGAUUUGUCAAGCCAAUAUGCCUACAACUUUAAAUCUUUUCUGAGUGGGUAAGUCGCUCCUUAAAGGUGCUGGGGAAUGAACAGGAGUGUCGCACUGUUGAAUGCUGAAAUUAUUAUCAACAGGCAUGAGCAAUGAAUGAGCUGGCCCCUGAACCGCAGUUUGUUUCCCCUCUACCCCAGUCCUGUGAAAAUCUACAGUGCUGGAAAACACUAAUGCAUUUCAAUAGCUCCUUUAAGUACACUAUAGCACAGUAUUUAACACCCUUCAGUGGAGGGGAUUUAGCAUGGCCUUAGUUUGGCUCCUCAUGCACUAUUUCUCUAAGAAACCGCAAUAGCAUUAUGAUCACAACUCUCUCAAAUCUUUAGACCAACACCGGGUUACCUUAGGAAUGCUGGCCAAUCACAUUUCAGGAAAUCGGCCACACCCCUCCGUAGAGCCUUGUUUAUAUGUUGUGUGAUCAGAAAUCUCUGCAGCAGCCUUUCUUUCUUUUUUAGCCACUUCUAAUCAAGAAUGGGGUAUAAGAUAUACCCCUAAAAUUAUUUUUUGUAUAGUUUUUUGUUUUUUUUGUCAUCUGAACCAAUUUAAUUUUUAAUCAUUGGUAUACUUCUUGCAGGAAAAUACUCUUAACGUAUUUGUACUGAUGAACAAUGUUGUUUACUAUUUUGACAAUUCUAUAUGACAUUUUGUGUGAAGUGUAAAUCUGGCUAGUCUGGGGGAAAAAAUUAAUCAUUUGUUACGGUUAUAGCAAAUGUGUUGAAUAAAAUGUUUUUUUAUUGUAGUGAUAUGAAAGCAGCAUGACACUGUAUCUUGUGUUUGCUUUGAAGACAUCGUAGUAAUUUGGACGUGCACGGUCUCAAAGUCAAGGUCAACUAAAACGUAGGUAUAGGUUCUCUGAGACAUUUAUAUUAAUAUUCUCAUGCCUGUUGCUGUUCAUAAUGCUGUAAGUUGUUCUUGGGGAGGCGGCACCUUUAUGUUCUUUAAUGAUUAUAUAAAUAUAUAUGUAUGAACUUAACAGAAGUAUUACUGAUCAACAACACUAAAAUGAAGCUGUGUAUGUGCGAGUGUUUGAGAGAAAAGCUGUGAUUGCCACUGAACAUAAAGCAGCACGUUUCUUA